AUGGCGGGUCCGGAUGCCGGAUGUUCGCAGCAGAGCGUAACGACAGAUGGUAUCGGGGCUGUCACAGAACCGCCGCCGCCACGGCUUCUUCGCGGCCGAUCAUCUCGUCGCCUCCGUCUUCUUCUCUCCAUCUUCCAUCGCCAGACUGGGCUCAUCCUGGCGAUCAUCAUCAUUAUCAUCAUCUUGACAACCGGAGAGAGAGGAAUGGAGCAAUCAAUGCACGGAGCAGCACAUCGCCGCCACAGCGGACCGCGUUGGCUUGUCCAAGACAGGAAUGGUCCAGCUAAGAGAUGCUCUCUAGAGACUCCAGACUCCCGGCCACUCCACGUGUCUUCCGUGGAUCCACGAUAUCUUAGAGUAAGAUUCCAGGGCCUCCCGUCCCCGAGCCCGACUCACUGCACGCUGGUUGGUCCGGAUUCCGGAUUCUCAUCGCUCGAACAUCCAGUUUCCAUGCACUACCCCAUUAAUAAUGCCGUCCCCUGCAAGUCGCUCACUCCCAUUCAGUCGGGUAUGCGCAGUCUUUCUCGGCUCCCCGGAGGUUCACCUCACCGUAAGGAGCUCAUUAUGACGGACCACCCCGAUGCCCCGUUCUGUCAUCCUGAUCGAGGGAAAGAACUCCGCCAGCGGGUCCGUCUGGAACUUUCGUCUACCGAAGCCUGA